AAAUUUUCGGUUUUAGAGAGAGAGAUAGGAAACGGAGGGAAGAUCGGGAAGCAAGAUGAUGACCGGCGGGAGCUACACGACUAUCGACAACCAGAAUGUCUCUGGAUCUGUACCUUCCGUUCCAGAUCCAGGCCACACCACCGUUAAAUUCGCAGAGUCAAAUCUUCAAACGUUUCCUCCAUCUGCUACUCAGGGCAAGAUCUCUGGUGGUAGUAACCCCCCUCGUGAUGCUGACGAUACAUUUUCUGGGAAUGGUAAUGGUAGUACAAAUGAGCCUCAGUCUGGUGGCUGGCUCCAUAAAUUCACUGUUGGUGCUUACAAGCCAUUCUUUGAUGUCGACACUUCCGAUGUUGUAGACAGACUCAAAGAAUCUCUCUUCCCAUUCCGUGGAACAUUCACAGAGAAGACAGCCGAUAAGCCUGACCUGUAUGGUCCAUUCUGGAUAUGCACGACUUUGAUAUUCGUGGCGGCAUCUAUCGGCACAUUUGUCACAUACGUAGCUCACAAAUGGAAGAAACAAGAAUGGAACUACGAUAUUAAUCUAGUGACUUGGUCCGCAGGAGUGUUCUAUGGCUACGUCACGCUUGUUCCUCUCGCGUUAUAUGUUGUUCUCAAAUACUUCUCUGCACCUUCAGGCCUAGUUCAACUCUUCUGUCUCUACGGCUAUUCCCUAUUCGUCUUUAUCCCUGCAUUGUGCCUCUCUGUGGUGCCAGUGGAGAUCUUCAGAUGGGUUAUUGCGGGUGUAGCGGGGUUCAUGUCUGCAACCUUUGUGGCUUUAAACCUUAAAGCGCAUAUCAAUUCAGCUGGAGAGAGAUCGAUCCUGAUAAUCGCAAGCAUCUUUCUUUUGCAGCUAGGGCUUUCGGUUGUGCUGAAGCUCUAUCUGUUCACCGUCACAGUAUGAUUCAGUGAUUUGUAGAUCCAUCCAUAAACGUUUUCUCCUCCUCAAAUUUUAUCCAAAUUUUUGAACUGUUUGGAAUCUGAACUCUAUGAGUCUAUUUCAUUUAGUUAAUUGAACCUUGUAUGGUCUUACUUGUAGAAAAUGUGUAAUAAAAAUAUAUCGAUUUGUUUGCUGAUGUGAUGUUCAACAAUG